ACCUCCUGUGUUCCUCACGAACGUCGAUCAUCGAGGCGGGGGGGAGGAAGCGCUAAAGGAUUCCUCCUUGUGUUUCUCGUCACAGAAGAAACAGAGUAUGCAAUACCUGAUCGACAUCGCAGCGCUGGGAUAAGUUCCCCCAAAGCCAGCUCGGAAUGUGGGCCAGUACAUCCUGGAGGUCGAUGAACCACCCGCCGAGCUCUGGUUCAGGCUCGUCUCCUCGAGCAGACGCAGACGAUGAUCGACUCCGAAAUCGAGCAGGCGAUCGGGGCCGAUGCAGCCGAAUGGAACGAGGUCGAUCUAGUACACGGAAUUGCACAUGCGGGGAUUCUUCAGGCACCAUAGAGGCUGCAGAGGCUCGGCAUUGAUGCCCCGGUGCACGAGGCGGAACCGCCAGUCGUUCAGGCGGUCGAUCGCAUCGCCCGAGCGCUUCUUCGUCGCGUCCGCAGGAUCUCGAUUCCCGGACCAGAGGCUCUCGGCCAACGCGGCGCUCCGCGGCCACAGCAUGGCGUCCAGCACCGUCUCGUCGGCCUGCUCCGACCACAGCGCCACCUCGCCGCCCAGCACCAGCUUCGCCUCGUCCUCCGUCAGGUUCGCGGUGAUGUCGUAGUCGUAAAUCCUGGCCCACGUCUUGAACGGGGCGCACCACGACCCUCCCCUCCCGCCGUAGUUCACAGUGCUGGUCGGAUCGUCGUUGAAGUUCUGGUCGUACUGCGAAUCGUUCCCCAAGAACCCGCCGUGCCCGCAGUCCAGGUAGAAGAAAUCGUUCGACGAGACUAUCGUCCGGUAGCCCGCUGCAGUCAGCGUCUUGGUGUUCAGAGGCCCGUUGUUCCACGUCUGCAGGAUGGUGGUGGCCGCCGGCACGGACGCACGUUGCACCUUCACCUCGGCGCCCAGAAGAAUAUCCUCCCAGUACACCGCGGUCUUGUUGUGCACGUCGAUCAUGGCGCGCGUCCUCUCGAUGUACCUGCCGCAGUCAAAUCGGUGAACGGCUGCUCGCUCGCGCGCGCGCAUGGAAGAAGCCUCGGGAGAACUAGAACUGCGUUGAGGAAGGGCUCACUUACGUGGUCAGGAGGUCGCUGAGCGUGUUGUUUCUUGCGUCGUCGUUGGGUCGGGCGAGGAAGUCUGUCACCAGGUCGCUACGCUUCCAGCAAGCCGGUGCGACCUCGUCUCCUCCGGCGUGGAAGAAGUGGUCCGAGAAGAGGGCGGCCACUUCGUCGAUCACGUUCUUCACCACCUCGUAGGUCUUGUCCAUCAGCGGAUUGAGCUGCCCUGAUCCCGGCUCCGAUGCCAGCCGUUGGCUCCAGUCUGCCGGGUUCGGCAGCCAGAACUCGUCGAGGCAGGUGACAAUGUCUGGAUGCGCUCCGCCCCAUGAAGCAGUGUGGCCUGCACCCACAAUAGCACAAAUCGCCUCGAUUCUUCAUCCCCCGUCCACUCUGCUCGAGAAGAGAGAGAGAAAGAUGCAGCGAAACGCUUUGACUUGUAUGGAAUGCAAUCGAUUGAUUGACCAUGUUGUUUCUCGAAGGGUCCAGCCAAAGAAUUCGGAAUUUCUGAGGUCACAUCGAUGAAAAACAGGGACGAUAUAUGGGAAGAAUUUCUCACCUGGAGCAUCGAUCUCUGGAAUGACGCGCACGCCAUGACGCCGGCCGUAUCUGACAAGGUCGACGACGUGCUCUUGAUAGUAGAUGAACUGCGGACCGAAAGAUCCUUUGACGGCCAAGUCCGGCUCCGAUUUAAUCUCCAGAGGAAAGGAUUGCGCGUCCGUUAUGUGCAAAUGAAGGACGUUCAAUUUGUUGUGGCUCAGAGCGCGAAUCGUUCGUUUGAUGUCUUCGACGGGGAAAAAAUUGCGAGCUAUGUCCAAGAGAAUUCCGCGGUGCGGGUAAUUUGGCUUAUCAGAGAUGAACACACCUCGUUCUAUGUACAAGGGAGCGUUCGCUGAGGGCUCUGCCACGCGAAGCAGCUGCGAGAACGUCUCCAGACCUCGCAUUGCUCCCCACACCGUCCCAGCCGAGAGCGACGCAUUGCUGCUCGUAGGGCUGAUCUCGAUGGUGUAAGAUUCAUCCACACCGUGUUGGAGAUCCGCAGCCAAGUCGACCACGAACACAUUGAGGAUCACGACCUCGCUAUCUGUCCCUGCUUUUCUUGUGAUCACAACAGACCUCGGGACCUGCACCGGGUACCAUCGCUCUGUCCUUAUCAAGGCUGCGUAUCGAGCAACCGCUGAACUGAGCUCGGGGUGGUCGGGCGCACUGAUCUCGAAGGCAGGGUUGAGAACAAUCCUCGCACCACUUUCCCAACGCACCGUUUGGGGUUCGGGCCAGAGAAACACAUCUGCCACGGCUACCUGAAGAAGGAUAAGAAUGAAAACAAUAAACCUCCAUGUCCAUGACCAGCUCGUGGAUGUACACAUCACAGCUUGGUGCGCCAUUGCGCGCUGGAGUCUCAAUUUGUUGAUCAAUAGAGGGUUCACAGGGCCGUAUACUCUGCUGUCUUCGUUAUAGAGCCUGAAAAGCAUAUUUAUAGAGAGAUGUGGGAACGAGGUCACGGGCUCAUCUUCAAUGGACUUAUAUUUCUUUCCGUUGCAUC